CCGGGCGUGCCCCCCCCGCCCCGGGGACCCAGGCGUCCCCCCGCUCCGCCCCCCGGGGGACCCAGGUGUCCGGGCGCCCCCGCUCCGCCCCCCCGGGUGUCCCCGGCCCCCCCGCCGCCCCCACCCCCGGGGGCCCAGGCGUCCGGGCUCUGCUCCCCGUCGCCCCGAGACGCCUCGCGCCUGCCGCCCAGGGGCCCAGGCGUCCGGGACCUGCCCCCCGUCCUGCCCCCUCCCCGGGGACCCAGGCGUCCGGGGCCUCCCGCGUCCGACCCUGGGGGACCCAGGCGUCCGGGACUCGCUCCGUCGAAGCCGCCCCCUCCGCGGGGGCCCAGGCGUCCGGGCGGGGGAGUUCGACGCCCCCCCCACCCCGGGCGGGCCCCGCCCCUCCCCCGCGGCGCCCGUCCGUCCCUCCGACCCGCGGCGACACGACGGCUCCAGGCCCCGGCGUCCCCGCCGCCCCGCAGGGGACCCAGGCGUCCGGGCCCCCCAUGGAGUUCGUGGCGCUGGGGGGGCCGGACGGGGCCCCCCCCUUCCCCGACGAGGCCGGCGCCUUCCUGGGGCUGGGGGGCCCCGACGCCCCCGAGCCGGGGGGGCUGCUGGGCCCCUUCCCCCCCACAGGGCGCCUGUCGCUGCCGCUGGCGCCGUGGGGUGACGGGGGGGCUCUGGGGGCCGGGGGCUGGGGGGCGCCGGCCCCCCCCGACCCCCCCGGGGACCCGUCGGGGCCCCCCCGGUUCCUGGAGCUGCUGCGGCCCCCCCGGGGCAGCCCCCCGCCGCCGGGGCCCGGCCCCCCCGCGGCCCCCCUGGCCUUCCUGGCCCCCCCGCCGGGGGUCCCGGCCCCCCGCCCCCGCCCCGGCUUCCCCCCGUCCCUCUGCGAGGCGCGGGAGUGCGUGAACUGCGGGGCCACGGCCACCCCGCUGUGGCGCCGCGACGGCACCGGCCACUACCUGUGCAACGCCUGCGGCCUCUACCACAAGAUGAACGGCCACAACCGGCCCCUCAUCCGCCCCAAGAAGCGCCUGAUCGUUAGCAAACGAGCGGGGACGGCGUGCAGCAACUGCCAGACGACGACGACGACGCUGUGGCGGCGCAACGCCAGCGGCGACCCCGUCUGCAACGCCUGCGGCCUCUACUACAAGCUGCACAACGUGAACCGCCCGCUGACCAUGCGCAAGGACGGCAUCCAGACCCGCAACCGCAAGGUCUCGGCCAAGGGGAAGAAGCGGCGGGGGGCGGCGGCGGCGGCGGGGGGGGCACCGGGGGGGGCGGCGCUGCUGGGGGAGCCCGGGGCGCCCCCCCCGGCCGCCCCCCCGGCGCCCCCCGACGACCCCGCCGCCCUCUACGCCCUGGGCCCCGUCGUCCUCUCCGGCCACUUCCUGCCCUUCGCCCCCCCGCCCUUCCUGGGGGGGCCCUCGGCGGCCUACGCGGCCCCCCCCGGCGCCCCCGGGGCCGGCCCCGCGCUGGGCUGAGCCCCCCCAAACCCGGGCGCCGGGGGGGACCCAGGCGUCCGGGUGCCGCCCCCUCCUCCGAGCUGCCAACCCCCUCUGCCGCCUCGCUCUGUGAGGGGGGGUUGGGGGCCCCCCCCACGGACCCCCCAAAUUAGAGCCGAGUUUUGUAUCGGAAA